AUGCAGAUCAAAGACCGCACCUUCAUCGUCAGCGGAGGCUCCAGUGGCCUUGGACUAGCCACCGCUUUGAUCUUCUUACAGAACGGUGCCAACGUGUCUGUCCUCGAUCUGAACGCUCCCACAGGCGAUGCAUCGUCUCGCAUCGACUCUUCCAAGGUCAUUUUCAACAAGACCAAUGUCGCAUCGACCGAAUCCUUGCAAGCUGCACUGAAGAACACGUUGUCAUGGACACGAGAAACCAACAAGCCUCUCUCGGGCGUGAUAUGCUGCGCUGGUAUCGGAACCGCUGCCCUCUCACUCCCCAAACAAGAUCCCACCGCGACACACGAGUCUGUAAAAUACAUGGAUAUGUCACAGUUUGACCGUACAUUGAGCAUCAACCUACGAGGCACUGUGGAUCUGAUCCGUCUGGCCGUGCCACACAUGGCACUGAAUGAACCCUGGGGUCCCGACGGCGAGAAAGGAAUCAUUGUCGUGGUCUCUUCAGUCGCAGCCUACGAAGGGCAAAUCGGGCAGUUAGCCUACAGCGCAAGCAAGGGUGCCGUGAGGAGUAUUGUGUUGCCACUGGCGAGAGAGCUGGGGCAGAAGGCUGGCAUUCGAGUGAUGGGUAUUGCGCCUGGCGUGUUUCAGACCGGAAUGACGGUGCCACCGAAAAAGAAGACUCCCAAAGCACCGGCUAAGAAAGAGGGAGUCGAAAGCCAACCGAAGGUCAGCACGGGUUCUCGUGCGUCGAUAAACCCUGAGAUGGUGCAAUAUCCAACGCGCAUGGGCAGAGGAGACGAAUUCGCGCGUCUCGUCAAGGAAAUAGUCGAGAAUCCCAUGCUCAAUGGCGGUGUAAUACGUCUGGACGGAGGAGUGAGAAUGCCUAGCAGGCUUUGA